AUGGCAAAUAAGCAGCCGUUGAAGACGACGUUUGACGUUGAUCAUGUCAUUCGACCCAUCUUUACUGGAGGCUCUGUAGCCCUCGACAAUGGCGCACGAAUUCUCGCGACAGUUCUUGGGGAGGAUGCGAUUCUCACUGAUCCGACCAACGGCAAGCACCUUGCGCAAAUCGAGGGUGACGGAGAGCUCAUUUCUACCUUGACCUUGACACCCUCCGGCUCUCAUCUCAUCAUCUGCUCGCGCUCCUUGUCCAUGAGGAUUUAUGCCCUCAAGCGAUCUGAGGAUGAUGGAUCUAUCGAAGCUACUCUCACACGAACAGUCAAGGCCCACGGCACGCCCGUCGUUGUUCUUGCUGUUGACCGAACCAGCACCUUGCUUGCGACUGGAGGUACUGAUGGAUCAGUUAAGGUGUGGGAUAUCGCCGCAGGCUACGUUACUCACACUUUCCGUGGAUCUUCUGUUUUGGUCUCUGCGCUCCACUUCUUCGAGGUCGCCGCUCGCUCAAAUGAGGCUGCUCGCAAGGGGAAGAAAUCAAAGCGUCAGGAGGAUUCUGAUGAGGAGGAGGAGAACGCCAGCACUACCAACUUCAGACUUGCCUGUGGCAACCAAGAUGGUAAGGUUCGAGUAUGGGACUUGCACAAACGAAACUGUGUCGCCAACCUCGAGUCUCACGUUUCCGACGUUCAGGGACUCGACUACUCGCCAGAGCAGCACGCCCUGGUUACGGCAGGCAGAGACAAGACCCUGACUUGGUGGGAUGCCAAGUCUUGGAAGAUUCGCAAGGUGGUGCCCUGUCUAGAACUUGUCGAAGCGGCUGGCUUCAUCGAUGAUGGACAGCUCACUUACUCGGCUGGUGCAAAUGGCUGCCUUCGCAUCUGGGACACGGAUACGGGCAAAGAGCUCACCCCACAGCAAGCGGCCAAGAGUGAAGAGGAAGGUAUCGCGUCUGGCAUUUACCGCCCUGGUCUCCCCUUCAUCCUCCUUGUCCAGGUCGACCACACUCUGGCUCUGUACCGACCCCCUAAGAAGGCAAAGGCGUCAUCACUCUCGGCACCGGAACCCUUCCGAAGGAUAUCCGGAACACACGACGACAUUAUCGACUUGGGUUACCUCCUCCCAGACCGUUCACUCGUUGCCCUAGCCACAAACUCGGAGGAUGUCAGGCUCGUGUCUGUUUCUGAGACAGAGACUCAGAGUGGCGAAUCUGCAUGGGAAUCUGACUCUUCCCCUUACUUUGGGCAAGACGUUGCUCUCCUCAAGGGCCACGAUGAAAUCGUUAUUUCUCUCGAUAUCGACUGGUCAGGCUACUGGAUUGCCACAGGCGCCAAGGAUAAUACAGCCAAGCUCUGGCGUAUUGAUCAUGCCAACAACUCUUACACAUGCUGGGCAACAUUCUCGGGUCAUGCCGAAUCUCUGGGCGCUGUCGCGCUCCCCAAGGGCGUCCCUCCUGAGUCAUCUGCCGCGCGCUCUGAUCCCCUGAACAACCCUCCCCCUUUCCUUAUUACAGGUUCUCAAGAUCAGACUGUCAAGAAGUGGGAGAUCCCUCGAACAGCCCAGCAAAAGGGCCACAAGACCGGUUCCCGCGCCGUUUUUACUCGAAAGGCACACGACAAGGACAUCAACGCAAUCAAUGUUCACCACUCGAGCCAGCUUUUCGCAUCCGCGUCGCAGGAUAAGACGGUCAAGAUCUGGUCUGUGGCGGAGGGCGAAGUUCAGGGCAUCCUGCGCGGUCACAAGCGAGGUGUCUGGUCGGUUCAGUUUUCUCCCGCACAGCUGCCAGCUAUUCAGGGCGAGGAUGGCCCUGUCACCGGAAAGGGCGUCGUUCUCACUGGCAGCGGUGACAAGACUAUCAAGCUCUGGAAUCUCGCCAACUAUACCUGCAUCAGAACCUUCGAGGGACAUUCCAACAGUGUCCUGAAGGUUGCGUGGUUGAACAUGCCUUCUACACAGGAUCAGUCCAAGAGGCGAGUUCAGUUCACCAGCGCUGGUGGUGAUGGUCUCGUUAAGGUUUGGGAUGCCAACUCAGGCGAGGCAGAGUGCACACUCGAUAACCAUGAGGAUCGUGUUUGGGCUGUGGCUGUGCACCCAGAGAACAACACUAUUGUUUCUGGCAGUGGUGAUUCGACAGUGACCUUUUGGAAGGACACUUCCUCCGAGACUCAAGCGGCGGCAUCACAGGCUGCGUUGAAGAUGAUUGAGCAGGAGCAGGAGCUGGAGAACCAUAUCCACGCUGGUUCAUUCCGGGAAGCUAUCACUCUCGCACUCCAGCUCAACCAUCCAGGACGUCUCCUGAGCCUGUUCACUUCAGUCAUGACAACAAGCAACCCCGACAAGGGCAGUCUGAGCGGUUUGAAAGCUGUGGAUGAGGUGCUGGGCAGCCUGUCAGACGAACAAAUCUUCCUACUUCUGCUGAGACUGCGAGACUGGAACACGAACGCUCGAACGGCGCCAGUGGCCCAGAGAAUCUUGUUGACUCUCAUCCGCAGCUAUCCUGCGUCCAAGUUUUCGAAUCUCUCAGUCAAGGGGGCCCAGGGGCAGAAGAGUUUGAAGGAUGUUUUGCACGCCAUUCGCGUCUACACGGAGAGGCAUUACAAGCGCACCGAGGAGCUGGUCGAUGAGAGUUAUCUGGUGGAAUAUACCCUGCAGGAGAUGGAUGAUCUCGCACCUGCUUUGGAUGAGGAUGUUGUCAUGGCUGGAUAG